AAAUUUAAAAAAGAAAAGAUCUUCCUCUGUAGUAUACAGCAACUGAUAAGUACUGGAAGGGUUAAGAUUUUUUUAUUGAAGCAAUUUACAAAUCUGUUCAACUUUCUGGCACCAGUUGAUUUAAAAAAUAUUUUUUUCCACCAUAGUAUCCCUUUAAACACUGUUAUACAGGCUGUGCACUCACUAUUUUACAUUUUAGCGAACGGCAUUUCUUCAGUGUUAAAUAUCUAAAAAAAAAGGCAGAUCUCCUCAUAGGGCAAUAUUGCCAAUAAAAGAUGACACACAUAAAACAAGGUGAUCGAGGUGAAUAGUGGUAAACUGCUCACCUGGGUGGGUUGUUAAAGACAUAAUUCCAUAUGUUUAUAAUGAAUAUGGUGCUGCCUUUCGGUAUCGGCAGGGAUGAACUUCAACUGAGCAUCACAGAGAUUGCAGGAAUGGACCAAGUAAAAAUCCGGGUAAUUGGUGCAAUCCAUAGAGAAUGAUUCAAAGGCUAUGCAUAUUAACACUUUAUUAAAGGGGUAUUCCAGGAAAAAACUUUUUUUUUAUAUCAACUGGCUCCAGAAAGUUAAACAGAUUUACUAAUUUGUAAAUUACUUCUAUUAAAAAAUCUUAAUCCUUCCAAUAAUUAUCAGCUGCUAAAGUUGAGUUGUUCUUUUCUAUCUAACAACAGUGCUCUCUGCUGACAUCGCUGCUUGUCUCGGGAACUGCACAGAGAAGAAGAGGUUUGCUAUGGGGAUUUGCUUCUACUCUGGACAGUUCCCGAGACAAGUGUCAUCAGAGAGCACUUAGACAGAAAAGAACAACUCAACUUCAGCAGCUCAUAAGUACUGAAAGGAUUUUAACAUAAGUAAUUUACAAAUCUGCUGUGAGAUGUAGUUUUGCAACAGCUGGAGGCACACUGGUUGGGAAACUUGGACUACAGUGUCAAUAUAUAUAGGAUGCAGAGCUGAGAAUAAAAUAUAUAUAGAAUUGUAACUGUAGCACAAGGAGAUACAUAAAUACAUUCAGUAUUCUUUGGGGGUGGUGGAGGAAAGUGUAAGGAGGCUCCAGCUUAUGUAGAAGGAGCUGAUUGCCUUCCUCCUUGUCUUGGGCUCAGAGGAGGCAGAUCCUGCUCCUUGCACCUCCCCUUCCCUCUAUCAGUCUAUUUCUGUAAAGUUUCAAAAUUUGGAAAGCGGAUGAAGAGAGCUGAGCCAUGGGAGAAGAGGGGGACCAGAGGCUCCAGGAGAGAGGACAUGAUGAACUUUUGGCUGGGAGCCAUGCAUAACAUCUAGAGCAGAGAGUUCAGUCAUCUGCUGUGGGAGGUAAGGAGGAGAGAGCAUGCGGCCAGGAGGAGGAGGCAGCCGGCCCAGCAACACUUUCUCUGGAGCCUGGAUAAGGGAAUUUCCCCUCUUAUUUGGAAGAUUACAGCAGAAUCGGUGUUCUUACCAGCAGCAUGUUACCUUGUACUGUGCACCUGUCAAGUCAACCGGGGAAUAGCCAGCAGGCGGGAUGUUUGGAGGCUUUGAAUAUGAAGAAAGGAGAUGGGAUUCUGCAGGGGCUGAGAAGAUCUGACUAAUCCCUGUCUGUACAAGUCUUGUGCCCGUGGAGGUAGAUUACAACUUUCCGGCAGCUUUGUGACUGUUAUGUACGGAUUUCUGUUGCUUUGAGGGCUUUGCGGCACUUCAGCCCUUAUCCGUCUAGUGAUCCGGGAUUUCAGCACCUUCUGACUCGUCCGUCUGGUGAUAUCUACUGCGGAGCUGUCCCGGAUUUCAGCACCUCCUGGUCCUGAUCCGUAUAGUGAUCGUGUACUGAGGAGCUGUCCCGGAUUUCAGCACCUCCUGGUCCUGAUCCGUAUAGUGAUCGUGUACUGAGGAGCUGUCCCGGAUUUCAGCACCUUCUGAUCCUGCUCCAUAGAGUGAUCGUGUAUGAGGAGCUGUCCAGCAUUUCAGCACCCUCUCCCCCUAUAGUGAUCCUGUCCAGAGGAGCAGUCCCGGAUGUCAGCACCCUCUCCUCCUAUAGUGAUCCUGUACUGAAGGAGCGGUCCCGAAUUUCAGCACCCUCUCCCCCUACAGUGAUCCUCUCCUGAAGAAGCAGUCCCGGAUUUCAGCACCCUCUCCCUCUAUAGUGAUCCUGUCCUGAAGGAGCAGUCCCGGAUUUCAGCACCCUCUCCCCCAUAGUGAUCCUGUCCUGAGGGAGCAGUCCCGGAUUUCAGCACCCUCUCCCCCAUAGUGAUCCUGUCCUGAAGGAGCAGUCCCGGAUUUCAGCACCCUCUCCCCCAUAGUGAUCCUGUCCUGAAGGAGCAGUCCCGGAUUUCAGCACCCUCUCCCCCUAUAGUGAUCCUGUCCGGAAGGAGCAGUCCCGGAUUUCAGCACCCUCUCCCCCAUAGGACCUCAGCACCGUCUGACUCUUGGUGAUCCUUUUCUGGAAGCAGCAGUGCAGCAUCUCCCCGAUUCCCUGGCUCUGUGGGCUGAUCCCAGAAUUGCAGCAGCACUCCUGAGGUGAUCCCGUGGAGCGGUCCCGGAUUUCAGCACCCUCUCCCCCUAUAGUGAUCCUGUCCUGAAGGAGCAGUCCCGGAUUUCAGCACCCUCUCCCCCCUAGGACUCCUCCGCUUGGUGAUCCUUUUCUGGAGGCAGCAGUGCAGCAUCUCCCUUGCUCUGUAGGCUGGUCCCGGCAUUGCAGCAGCACUCCUGAGUCUGGUGAUCCUGUGGAGCGGUCCCGGAUUUCAGCACCCUCUCCUCCUAUAUUGAUCCUGUCCUGAAGGAGCAGUCCCGGAUUUCAGCACCCUCUCCCCCCUAGGACUCCUCCGCUUGGUGAUCCUUUUCUGGAGGCAGCAGUGCAGCAUCUCCCGGUUCCCUGGUUCUGUGGGCUGGUCCCGGCAUUGCAGCAGCACUCCAGAGUCUGGUGAUCCUGUGGAGCGGUUCCGGAUUUUACUAAGCACUGUUCCAUAUGGUGAUUCGGUGCUGGAGGAAGCUGUCCAACUUUUUCAGCAUUACUGCUCCUUAUGGUGCAUUGGGGGAGCAGAGUUGGACUGUAUGGGGCGCUCCUAUGUUCCUCUUUAAACUUCUGUCAGUAAACUGAGAUCAGAUCACUAGACCCCUUUGUGUGUCGGGCAGUCUGCAGGGUGAACAUGGAGACAGAGGGCAGCAAUCUGUCUGCUCUGGUAAACAGCAGCAGCUGCAGCAAUGGGAGCAGCACAGGGAACCUGAAGGCACCAAAACAUCUGUGGCGGCCAGAUCAACAGCAGCGCCAGCUCCAGGCUCUGCACCAGCCGAGCUUUCUCCAGCACCAGCCGAGCUUUCUCCAGCACCAGCCGAGCUUUCUCCAGCACCAGCCGAGCUUUCUCCAGCACCAGGACCAGACACUGCCAUCUCUCCAGGCGCAGAGCCAGACCCUCAUCCCAUCCCUUGGUACCCCCAACUCUCUCCUCCUCAGCCAGGUUGCACCCCAGCUUCACAGCCAAGUUUACCCCGUCCUUCAUCCCCAAUCUCCACCUCUGUCUCAGUCCCAGAUACUCCCUAUACUACAGCCCCAAUCCCCACCCCAAAUCCACCCUCCGUGUCAAGCCCCGGCUCACCCAUUGCUCCAGUUCCAACUCCAGUCACAGCCUGGGCUACAGUCCCAGUUCCUGUGCCAGCCGGUGCCCUCCCUGCAGACUCAGCCGGCGCCCCCCUGCCCCCCAGUCUCCUCCCGUACUAGAUACUCUAACAGCAGGGUGAGGCAUCGUGGUUUCUCAGACACGGAGAGAUACCUUCACUGCCAAGCCAUGGACCGCUCGUCUUAUGCUGUGGACACUGGGCACAGACCUGGACUGAAGAAAUCCCGCAUGUCCUGGCCCUCAUCCUUCCAGGGAUUUAGACGCUUUGAUGUGGACAAUGGCACCUCAUCGGGACGGAGUCCCCUGGAUCCCAUGACAAGCCCAGGAUCAGGGCUGAUUUUACAGGCCAACUUUGUCCACAGCCAACGAAGGGAAUCAUUUUUGUACAGAUCAGACAGCGACUAUGACCUCUCUCCAAAGUCCAUGUCUAGAAACUCCUCCAUCGCUAGUGACAUACAUGGAGAUGACUUGAUUGUAACACCAUUUGCUCAGGUACUGGCCAGUCUCCGUACUGUAAGGAAUAAUUUUGCUGCACUAACCAACAUGCAAGAUCGAGCACCCAGCAAAAGAUCGACAAUGUGUAACCAACCAUCCAUCAACAAAGCAAGUAUACCAGAGGAGGCCUAUCAAAAACUGGCCAGCGAGACCCUGGAGGAGCUGGACUGGUGCUUGGACCAGCUGGAAACCUUACAAACCAGGCACUCUGUCAGUGAGAUGGCCUCAAACAAGUUCAAGAGAAUGCUCAAUCGAGAGCUCACCCAUCUAUCAGAGAUGAGCCGGUCAGGCAACCAGGUUUCGGAAUAUAUUUCAAACACCUUUUUAGAUAAACAACAUGAAGUGGAGAUGCCGACACAGGCCCAGAAAGAAAAAGAAAAGAAGAAGAGGCCCAUGUCACAGAUAAGCGGGGUGAAGAAACUAAUGCACAGCUCUAGUCUGACUAAUUCAAGUAUUCCAAGGUUUGGAGUAAAAAGUGAAAACGAAGAAUCUCUAGCCAAGGAACUUGAAGACGUGAACAAAUGGGGCCUUAACAUUUUUAAAGUAGCUGAAUAUUCUGGAAAUCGACCUCUCACAGUCGUCAUACAUACAAUAUUUCAGGAACGAGAUCUGUUGAAGACCUUUAAAAUACCAGUAGACACUUUAGUAACAUACUUAAUGACUCUAGAAGAUCACUAUCACGCUGAUGUGGCUUACCAUAAUAAUAUACAUGCAGCGGACGUUGCUCAGUCUACUCAUGUGCUGCUAUCGACCCCUGCUUUGGAGGCUGUUUUUACAGACCUGGAAAUUCUUGCUGCAAUCUUUGCAAGUGCAAUACACGAUGUUGAUCACCCUGGUGUUUCCAACCAGUUUCUCAUCAACACAAACUCAGAAUUAGCCUUGAUGUACAAUGACUCAUCGGUUCUGGAGAACCACCAUUUAGCUGUGGGUUUCAAGCUGCUACAAGAAGAGAACUGUGACAUUUUCCAGAACUUGACCAAAAAGCAAAGACAAUCAUUACGGAAAAUGGUCAUUGACAUAGUGCUUGCCACAGACAUGUCAAAGCAUAUGAAUUUACUAGCCGAUUUAAAAACAAUGGUUGAAACCAAGAAGGUGACAAGUUCGGGAGUCCUUCUUCUUGACAACUAUUCAGAUAGGAUACAGGUUCUGCAGAAUAUGGUGCAUUGUGCGGAUCUUAGUAAUCCAACCAAACCACUGGAGCUAUACCGAACCUGGACAGACAGGAUCAUGGAGGAAUUCUUCAGGCAAGGAGACCGGGAAAGAGAACGGGGGAUGGAAAUAAGCCCCAUGUGUGAUAAGCACAAUGCAUCUGUGGAGAAAUCACAGGUUGGGUUCAUAGACUACAUUGUUCAUCCAUUAUGGGAGACAUGGGCAGACCUUGUUCACCCAGAUGCCCAAGAUAUUCUGGACACACUGGAGGACAACCGAGAGUGGUAUCAAAGCACAAUUCCCCAGAGUCCAUCCCCUGCACCCGAUGAGCAGGAAGAAGGGAGGCAAGGCCAAACAGAGAAAUUCCAGUUUGAACUUACACUGGAAGAAGAUGGGGAGUCAGACACAGAAAAGGACAGUGGGAGUCAAGUGGAAGAGGACACCAGUUAUAGUGACUCAAAGACCCUUUGUACCCAGGACUCGGAAUCAACUGAAAUCCCACUUGAUGAACAAGUGGAAGAAGAGGAAAGUCAGACAGAACCUAGCGCACUAGAAGGAGAGCACUCGCCAGACACGUAACAGUGUGGAAAGCUUUCUCUUUUGAUCUUUUUUAUGGGUUUUUUUGUUUCUUUUUUUUUUUAAAAGAAAAAGGUUUCCAAAGUGCAUGAAACGUGCCGCAACCAUGCUCACACCUCACUGUCAUCUGCCAGGAUAUUUGUUGAUCAAAAUUGACCUAGUUUACUCAGUUUGGCACUCAGGAAUAUUAACUGAAAUUCAUUUCACAGCAUUGCGAAGUUAACAGGAAACUUUGGCAGAUGAGUACAUCACCUACCCUGAAAGUUUUUUUUUUUUACGUUGUUUUAUUUUUUCAUGGACUGACAAGACCAAGGAAGACCAUGCAGCUUAGCUUAAGGAAGCAGACGGCAUCACGGCACCAACAGGAUUUAUAAGAAAAAGGAGUUAUACAGUGCUCUCCUUUUUGUAAGAAAAAAAAUUCUCAUUUUGGAACACAUGGAUGGUAUAGCGUCAUAGCAAGUGGAAGAGCUGUGGAGAUUACACGAUUUUCUAAUUUUAAGUCUUCCUGAUAAAAUGACUGAAAACACUAAAAAAAAAACAAAAAAAAAACUUGCCGCUCUUUGAGAGGCAACAUACUCUGCAUUUUGUACCAUAUGUAAUACAAAGAUUUUUUUUUGUAGAGCUUGCUUUUAUUAUCAAACAUAUUGAGGUAUUCUAUUAAAAAAAUAAGCUAAAAAAAACAAAAAAAAUCACAAAUCAAAAAAAAUGAAAAAAGGUACAUUCAUCCGCCACUGAUUUUUUUUUCCAAAGAGUAACUUUUCAAGUUUUCUGUACAAGUAAUGUGCUACACUGGAUAACUUCUCCAGGUUAUGGAUUUUUUUGCACCUUAGAAUUUCAUAGCAAUUGAUUGGACUGUAGAGAUCCAUUCUUUUAUAUGCUUGUAUCUUUCUUAAAGACACUGUCUUGCAGGAAACCCUUUCAGUACAACUUAGAUUUUAAUCCUCUUUUAAUGUUCCGAUUAGCACAGAAAGAAUGCAUUGGCCACUUUUCCUUAUACUGUGGUAGGUCACCCCCCCCCCCCCCCCUUCAUCAUGUACAGGUUGCCCCGUCUCAACAUCUCGAACCUUGUUAUGUUACAAAGUAGGGAUACCAACGUCUAGUGGAUUGUGUGAUCAAUUGGUCCAUGCCGUCAACCGCUUGUGUCCGUGACUCUAAUGUUCAUGCAAAGAUGUUUCAUGCUGAAUGCCUUCAACUUUUAUUGUCCUGAUCUAAUUGGCUUAUGUGCAAUAUAAUAGCAAGUUAACAAAAUGUUCUGCAUUACAGAGAAGUCUAUAGCUGCAUCGCAAACAUGUAUAGGCAUAUACAUGUAUGUGUUUUUUACAUAUAUGGUUACAGUCAGCAUCCAACUCACCAUCGUGCACCAAAAAGACACAAUAAUAAGCAUUUACCAAUCCCAUCUAUAUUGUAUAUCUAAAAUUAAAACAACUCUAUACUCUACCUGUGUAAUGUAGCGGUGCUAAAUAAGCAGCACUAUUAGCAUAGCUUAUGGUACUGCUAACAAACAUCUGUCGAGUCUAAAAAUCAACUGUACGCUGUAAAAAAAAAAAAAAAAUGCAUCUACUUGCAUGCAGAGUAAUGUUGUUUAUGUAUAAUCUUGGCCAAAAAUAUUUUUUGACAUAAAGUAUUAAGAAAAAAAAAAAAAAAAGUUCUUUACAAAGGACUUCAGCCUUCGGUGUAGCCUUAAGUGUCUCUUACUUGUGUUAUAUGCCUUUAGAAUUUCUCAUUUGGCAAGCGAAUUUAGACAAGUCUCUUUUGCAGUUUUACCUCCAGCAUCUAUCUGCAUAAAUGCUUUGAAUAGAAGAACCCACUGUGUCUGAUACGUAGGGAUUUUCCAUUCCACACAUUACUCAUCCUGUCGCUCUCACCUCCUGCCCAUGGAGUGCCUGGAAAGUAACAAUAAAUAAAAAAAUAAAAAUAAAAAAAAGCAAUAUUAUUUCCAAAAAUAAAGGUCGACCUGAAAGGGUUCACAACUGCACUAAUGGAAAUUGUCUCAUACAACACAAUGUCAUCCCACCCAUUAAGCAUGCAAGAAAAAAAUACAAAAAAUAUUUUAAAAAAAUCACACUCAUCAUCCAUGGACAAUCAGCGAGUAGAAGUCAAAGGACAUUGUUAUGGUCGAUAAAUCUAAUGCACUGUAUAAUCCUUUUCUUUCCUUUUUUUUUCCUUCAGUUUUUUUCCUAUUUGCCAAAGUGUGCGGUAAUUUUUUUUAAUUAGUUAAAAAAAAAGUGUAUUUUUAUUGAUAUUUUAAUUUUUUUUCUAACAUAAAAUAUAUUCUUUUUUUUUUUUUUUGCCAUAAAUAAAA